AUGAUCAACUCUGUCGCCCUCUUGGCCCUCGUCGCCACCCCGGCCUUCGCCGGUGUCAUGCAGGUCCGUGGUGAGGACCACGCCAGCGGUGUCGCCCCUCACCACACUCAGGGUUGGGGCGAGGAGACCUGGACCCGUCCCACCGACGCCUGGACUUCUCCUUGCACCACCUCUACCACCCCGGUUGAGACCUCCACCACUCCUCCCGCGGAGAGCACCACCCCGUGCACCACCUCCACCCCGGUUGAGAGCACCACUCCUCCCGCGGAGAGCACCACCCCGUGCACCACCUCCACCCCGGUUGAGAGCACCACUCCUCCCGCCGAGAGCACCACUCCCUGCACCACCUCCACCCCGGUCGAGACUCACUCCAAGCCUCCCCACAGCUGGACCAAGCCUUCUCCCGUCCCCUCCGGCACCACCAAGACCAUCACUGAGGUGACCACCACCUGCCCUGUCACUGAGUCUACUGUCACCUCUGGCUCUUCCACCUGGACCACCCCUGUCACUGGUACCAGCACCAUCACUGUCACCCGCACCACCGUCUGCACUGCCUGUGACAACGAGAAGCCCGUGACCUCGCCCAGCCCCAUCCAGCCUGCCACCAGCGUUCCCGUCAUCCCCACCAGCGCUGUUGUCCCCCCUCCCCAGAAGCCUGCCUCUUCCGUGCCCGUUGUGCCUGCUCAGCCUUCCACCCCUGCUCAGCCUUCCACCCCUGCUCAGCCUUCCACCCCUGCUCAGCCUUCCACCCCUGCUCAGCCUUCCACCCCUGCCACUCCUGAGGAGCCCUCCACCCCUGCUAAGCCCUCUACCCCCGCCACUCCUGAGCAGCCCGCCACUCCUGAGCAGCCCGCCACUCCUGAGCAGCCCUCUACUCCUGAGCAGCCCGCCACUCCUGAGCAGCCCUCUACUCCUGAGCAGCCCUCUACUCCUGAGCAGCCCUCCACCCCCGAGCAGCCCUCCGCUGUUCCCUCCACCCCCGGCAGCUUCACUGGUGGUGCCUCCAACGUCCAGCCCGCCUUCGGCUUCCUUGCCGGUGUUGUUGGUCUCAUGGCCCUCUUCUAA